AUGUCUACCUCCAAUUCUUAUCCCUUAACACCAACCUCACAUAAUACGCAUCCACGCUCUCGCGGACUUCCACAUAUCAAACUUAGUGUAAACAAAAAUAUUCAAAACGGAGUAAAAGAAGUGAAGGGAAUACUUGCCAAUUAUCAAGAAUUUGUUAAUAGAGGAAAUGUAGUUGAUCUCGCUGUGGGUGUGGUUAUAGGCGCAGCAUUUUCGUCCAUUGUCAACAGCAUGGUGAAUGAUUUGUUGGCACCCGUAAUUGGUCUUGCGGCUGGAUCGCAAUUGACUGAAGAGUUUGUUGUAAUAAGAGCGGCUCCAGAUGGUCAAAAAGAUUUUACAACUAGGGACCUUGCUAAAGCUGCCGGCAGCGUGACGCUAGACUAUGGCAAUUUCCUUCAACAAGUUAUUAAUUUUUUCCUUAUCAGCUUGUUCGUAUACAUAUUCGUCAGAUUGAUUAAUGUAAUGACAUUCAGAAACGAAAGCGAAAAAGCAAAGAAAGACAUGGUUUGUCAAUAUUGCCAGAAAAAAAUUCCUGUGUUAGCUAUUAGGUGUAGCUUCUGCACGACUUGGCUAAACAGGGAAACACAAUCUAAAUCAAAACACUAUUACCCGGAAGUAUCACUCGAAGAAGCCGAUCCGGUAGCCGAAGCAUGA